GCUCAGCCCUGGUCGUGCUGGCUGCAUGCACGCAUUACAUCUGCAGCCGUGUCUGGCGGCCCUUUUUAUAUUCAACACUCUAUCUCUCUUCGCCUUUCAUCGUCCUGUUUCGCUUCCCAAGUCCAAUAAUCUCUAUGUUUUGCUUGUCUGGUACGUGAGCCUGCGCUUCGAAAGUCGAGUGAAUGCCGACGGCGAAUAUGGCGCAUUCGUCGUUCAAACGCCAGAACUUUUCGCCUUCGUGUCCGUCUGGAGGUACGUGGUGGGCCUGUGGAUAUGGGACAUACUUCGUCGGGUGCUGCGCCAGAGAUCCAUGCGACAUCACCUGUGCACAGGGGAACUUGUACCCGGGUGCGUUUGACCCAGCCGCGUAUGGAACGUUCGCCGAUGCUACGUGUGGGACGGGGAGUAAGUUCUAUACGUGUUCAGCUGGACUCACGUUUUGGGGCUGCUGCAAGACAAAUGCAUGUAGUCAGGGGAGUUGUCCGGAUGGAGACCUUGAACCCGCGGUACUGAAUAGAGAGGACUUGAGGAGUGCGUAUCAUGCUACUGGGGGAUCGACCGUGACGACUUCGACGACCUCUCGGACUGCUUUGGCUACUGGAACUACGACCAGCACACAUGCGGAUGUGACAUCGACUUCGAGCCCGAGCCCGAGCGCGUCCACUGCCGGGAUAGGAGGAAGUCUGGAAAAUAAACCGCCUGUUGCUGCCAUCGCCGGCGGAGCUGCAGGCGGUGCAUUUGUCCUAGCCGUCAUCGUCGGCCUGUUAAUAUACUACGUCUGCCUAGCGAAGAAAUCACGAAAGAAUCACCAGGAGACAGUCGAGCGUCGUCUCUCGGGUCCCGGUCCUAUAACAAUUCCCAACAUGAACCACGGGAACGCGAGUUUUGGAGUCCACUCACCCCACGAUGCACCACCCGACUACACAUCCCGAACCGCAACCUACACUUCACCAUCCACACCGCAGUUCCAAACCUACAACCACAUCCACCAACCCCACCUCCCCGAACCGCAGGAGCUCCCCGACGAGCCAUUUUCAUCCGGCUCCAUCGCGCGGAAACCAGUCGUUGUGAGCCAGUUCUCCGAGCUCGAGGGCGAAAUGGCAAUUAGGUCGGAGCUCGACAGUCCCAUGUCCUCGCCAUCGGCUGCACAGAUGAGCUACGCACAGCAGAGCCCACGACAUGCGGUGUCUGAUGGGAAGACGUGGUUGCCGCCUAAGGAGUGGCAUGCGCGGACCGCGUCGCGCGAAAAAUACGCUCGCGGCGUUGAGAGACAGGGGUGGAGUGAUGGAGAUGUGGGGGAAUAUAGCGCGGGUGGGGAGGCUCAACGGCGGCAGGAACAGUAUAGGGGGUAUCAUGGGUUGUAGGAGGGCUAAGCUCGUU